AUGAGCGUGCCUCAACAGACGCACCCCGGUCAGCCGGCGGGUGCGCAUCCCGAACUGGCAAUAUAUGCCUUCGAGCCGCCCGCCGCGCCUCGCACUCUCGUCGACAUUUUUAACGCGUCAGCCCUGGCUCAUCCUACCGCGCCUGCCAUUGACAAUGGCACGCAGUCCCUCAGCUACGACCAGCUGGCCCGGCAGAUUGCCGUCCUGUCAUGUAACCUGCGAGCCAACGGCGUCGGACGGGGCGACCGCAUCGGCAUCCGGGUCACGUCGGGCUCGCUCGAGCUCUACGUCAGCAUCCUCGCCGUCCUGGCCGCCGGCGCUGCCUACGUCCCUGUCGAUGUGGACGACCCGGACGAGCGGGCCGAUCUGGUGUGGACCGAGGCCGGGGUCUGCGCCGUCCUCACCGACGACUACGCCCUUUGCCAAAGGCAAGCACGGCCCGCACCCAUCACGCAGGAUACUACCCCGACGCUCGAGGACGACGCCUGGAUCAUCUUCACGUCGGGCUCGACGGGAAAGCCCAAGGGCGUGGCCGUGAGCCACCGCAGCGCGGCGGCCUUUGUCGACGCCGAAGCCAAGCUGUUCUUCAACGGGAAACCCCUAGGGCCUGGGGACCGCGUCCUAGCCGGGCUGUCGGUCGCGUUUGAUGCCUCGUGCGAGGAAAUGUGGCUCGCCUGGCGCUACGGCGCGUGCCUGGUGCCCACGCCCCGAUCCCUGGUAAAAGCCGGCGCGGACCUGGGCCAGUUCCUCGUCAGGCAGCGUAUAUCCGUCGUGUCCACGGUGCCCACCCUGGCCGCGCUGUGGCCGGCGGAAGCGCUGCGCUCGCUCGACCUUCUUAUCCUUGGCGGCGAGGCGUGCCCGCCCGAGCUGGCGGCCCGUCUGAGCCGCGCCGUCAACGGGCCCGUCUGGAAUACCUACGGCCCUACCGAGGCCACCGUGGUGUCUUGCGCCGCCCCGCUCUUGGCUGGCGAGCUGGUGCGCAUCGGACUGCCCUUGGCUGGCUGGCGAUUGGCCGUUGUUGGGCCGGACGGCGCUGCCGUGCCAUGGGGCCGGGUCGGCGAGCUGGUCAUCGGCGGGGUCGGCAUGGCGCGGUACCUCGACCAGGAGAAGGAUAUGGCCAAGUUUGCCCCGGCCGGGGUAUUUAGCGGUCAGAGGGCCUAUAGAAGCGGCGACCUGGUCCGCGCAGAGAGGGACGGGCUUGUCUUUGUCGGCCGCGACGACGAGCAGAUUAAGCUAGGCGGGCGGCGUGUCGAGCUCGGCGAGAUUGACGCGGCGCUCAUGAGCCUCCCCGGGGUGAGCGCUGCGGCUAGCGCUAUACGACGGAGCGAGAUGGGGACCCAGCUCCUCGUUGGGUACGUGGUUCGCGACAGAAGCAGCGGCGCCGACGACGCGGCGGACCGCGCGCUCCUCCGCCAGGUGCUCCCCGCCACGCUGGUGCCCAUGCUGGUCACGGUCGCCGACCUGCCUAUCCGGACAUCCGGCAAGGUGGACCGGAAGGCGCUUCCCUGGCCGCCGCCGACGCCGCCGCCGCCCUCGCCGCCCGCGCCGGCCGACGCCUCCUCCCCCGUCGACGGCACGACCGCCUGGCUGGCCGACCAGUGGCGCUGCCUGCUGGGCAUGCCCGCCGCCUCGCCAGACUCCAACUUCUUCCACCUCGGCGGCACCAGCCUCGCCGCGGCGCAGCUCGUCUCGCAGCUGCGCCGGCGGUGCCCGACCCUCUCCGUGGCCGACGUCUACGAGUGCCCGACCCUCGCGGCCAUGGCCUCGCGCGUCGACCAGCUUUCCGGCACGGAGGUCACCGCCCGCUCGGUGGCCCCGACCACGCGCUGGAUCCUGCUGGCCCAGGCGCCCUUCCUGCUCGCCCUGCUUGCCUACGAGGCGCUCCGAUGGCUCGCGGCCCUGGCGUUGGUGAACAAGGCGGCCGCUUCGGCGUCCCUGGGCUCGUUCGGAGUCGCCUGGGCCGGAGCGCACCCUCUCCCGUGGUGGCUCGUCGUCCUCGGCUGGGUGGCGCUGAACACCACGCCCGGACGGCUGGUUGUGGCCGCGGCCGUCGCCCGGAUCCUCACCGCGGGCGUCAAGCCGGGCCGGUACCAGCGCGGCGGGUCCCUGCAUCUCCGCCUGUGGGCGGCGGAGCGGUUCGUCGCCCAGAGCCGCAUCGCGGCCAUUGCCGGCACCCAGUGGUGCGGGUACUACGCCCGGCUGCUAGGGUGCCAGGUCGGCCGGGACGCGCAGCUGCACUCCCUGCCGCCGGUGACGGGGCUGGGCAGCUUCGGGACCAGCUGCGCCGUGGAGCCCGAGGCCGAUGUAGCCGGCUGGUGGCUCGACGGCGACGAGCUCCACGUCGGAUCCGUCACCGUCGGGCCCGGCGCCCGGGUCGGCGCCCGGUCCAUCCUCCUCCCCGGCGCCGUGGUGGAACCGUUUGCCACGGUGCGGCCGGGCGUCAGCGUCCAGGGCACGGCGGGCAAGACCGACAACCACGACCGCGACGGCGACGGCGACCACUUUGCCUUUGAGGACGAAAAGUUCGACGCGGUGAGCACCAGCGCGACGUUCUGGACCGCCGCUCGGUACACCGCGUCGCUGCUGCUGCUGGACUUCUUGCCUUUCCUCCUCGUCGCGCCCAGCUGGGGGCUCGUGCUGGUCCUGGGCGGCGACUACCGCACCACCUACCGCAAAUUUUGCGUCGGCCUGCUCAAGACGACGCUCCCGGGCACCGUGCUGAGCACCUUGAUCUACGCCGCCGUCGUCGUCGCCUUGGUCCGGCUGGCCGGCCUGGCCAUCCGUCCCGGCGUGUACUCGUGGCACGGCACCGCCGCCUGGGCAGCCUGGCUGACGCACUUUCUCGUCAUGGACGCCCGGACGGCCCUGUUCCCCAUCUACGCCAGCCUGCUCACCCCGACCUGGCUGCGCCUGCUGGGAGCCCGGGUGGGCGGCUGCGUCGAGUCGUCCACCGUCGUGCCCAUCCCGUCCCUCCUCGACGUCGACGACGGCGCCUUCCUGGCAGACGACGUGCUCCUGUCGCCCCUUGAGCUGUCCGCCGGGCGCGUCCGGCUGGGCGCCUCGGCCGUCGGCGCCAAGACCUUUGUAGGCAACUCGGCCAUUGUCCACCCCGGCGUGCGCGUUCCCGACGGCGCGCUCAUCGGCGUCCUGGGCACCGCGGAGGACCGCAAGAUGGAGCCCGGAUCUUCGUGGCUCGGCCGGCCCCCGAUGCGGCUGCCCCGGCGCGUGGAGGCCGAGGCCCUCGCCGACGAAGCCCUCACCUUCAAGCCGCCCGUCCGGCUGGUGCUGGCUCGCGCGCUCAUCGAGUCGUGCAGGCUAUGCCCGCUGCUCAUCUCCUCGCUGCUGACGACCCUCGUCGGCGUCGCCAUGCUGUACGUCCUUAUCCACCACGGAGCCGUGUACACGCUGCUGUCCGGCGUGGCGGUGCUCUCGGCGGCAGGGCUGACCGCCUGCGCAAUCACCACCGCGGCCAAGUGGCUGCUCACGCCGGUCGUCCGAGCCGGCAAGCAGCACCCGCUAUGGAGCUCGUUCGUCUGGCGCAACGAGCUCGCCGACACUUUUGUGCAGUCGCUCGCCAUGCCCUGGCUCGUCCGCAUGUGCUACGGCACGCCGCUGCUGGCCCUGUUCAUGCGCUCCCUGGGGGCCAAAAUCGGCCGCGGCGUGUGGUUGGAGAGCCACCUGCUGCCCGAGGCCGAGCUCGUCCAGCUCGACGACGGGGCUACUGUCAACCGGGGGUGCGUGCUGCAGACGCACCUGUUCCACGACCGGCUCAUGCGCCUGGACCGAGUGCGCCUGGAGAAGGGAGCCUGUCUCGGGCCCUACGCCAUUGCGCUCCCGGGCACCAGCAUCGGGUCAGGCACCACUGUCGCCCCGACGUCGUUGGUCAUGCGUGGCGAGCACCUCCCGGCGGGAACUCGGUGGAGCGGGAAUCCCAUCCGGCCGUGGGAUGAAGAGAAGGACCUGGGUUUGCUGGAAACCCGGUACGAGUGUUCCGAGGGGUAG